GGGCAGGGUGCGGGGCGGGGGGGAGGGGGGCGCCCACCACUCCCGCGACCGCUGCCCGCGGCGCCCCCGGCUCUUCGGGGCCGGUGUGUGCGGGCCCGUUCGAGAGCUACCUGCUUUUUAGCCGCGUCUGCGGAACGGAAGGGAGGGUCCCAGACUUCAGUCCCAGACGGUGGGGAUGGCGAUGGCUUCCGUGCGGAUCCGACAGGCCGAGGAGGGAGACUGUGGAAAUAUCCUGAAGCUGAUUCGGGAACUAGCCGAGUACGAGAAACUCUCGGACCAGGUGAAGAUCAGUGAGGAAGCCCUGAGAGCAGACGGCUUCGGAGAGAAUCCUUUCUAUUGCUGUUUGGUGGCUGAACUUCUUCCCGCCCCCGGGGAGCCACAGGGGCCCUGUGUGGUGGUGGGCUAUGGGCUAUACUACUUCAUCUAUAGCACUUGGAAGGGGCGCAAUGUUUAUCUGGAAGACAUCUAUGUGAAGCCCGAAUACCGGGGUCAGGGGAUCGGUUCCAAAAUAAUCAAAAAGGUGGCUGAGGUGGCCCUGGAAAGGGGCUGCUCCCAGUUGCGUCUCACAGUCCUGGACUGGAACAAGGGGGCCAUGGACUUGUACAAGGCCCUGGGUGCCCGAGACCUGACUGAAGCCGAGGGCUGGCACUCCUUUCGCUUCGAAGAAGAGGCGAUGAGGGAGUUGGCAGGAAAGUGACGCCGUUCCUUGGGCAUCUCUGUCUUUGGCCUCCUCCCUCCCCACCUGCCCAAGCACUCCAGACAGAGGCCUCCCGGAAGGAAGAGAGGUUGGGAGCCGCUCAACCGGAAGGACAGAACUGAGAGCAAAACUGAGGGAGAGGCCCUUCCAUCUCCCUGUUGAGGAUGAGAGUUGCUGAGUCCCGAUGUGGUGCUGGUGGAGGAGGAGUUGAUGGUGCAAUAAAGCUCCGGCCACUUCAGGACCCUUCUCGAGUGCCCUGCUCGGUGAGGCUGCUGCCCGGGGGGGAAAGGUGGGCCCAAGGUGACUUUCGCUCACCCUCCGUGGGCCAGAGCCCUGGCUCCGGGCUGUGGAACAUGGAGAAAAGAAGAGCAAAGUGCCAGCUUGGCACAUCAGUCUUGUUGGUCACAGUUGGGACUCAGACAAAGGCCUCCAGUGUCUGAACUGCACGCUACAGGACGCAGGAGUGAGGCUGGCCCGCUGGCUCAACAUUUGGAGCAGGAUGCCACCUGCUGGUGGUGUUUCGGGGGCCCUGGGAAGGACCACUGGCCUCCACUUAAAAAAAAAGUCUGCUCAGCCUGCUAGUGCUUUUUUUUUUUCCCCCCAGAAGUCACAAAGUCCGUAUUUUCAGUUCAGCAAAACCAAAGGACCCGGGAAACAAGGAAGGAAACGAGCUUACGUCCUACUUUCGUACUAUCUUAUUACACAGAUAAUGCGGGUUCGUUGUAGAAAAUGUGGAAUGUUCGCGUGAAAUAAAAAUAGAAUGCGUAGGGGCGCCUGGGUGGCCCAGUCGGUUGA